AUGUUGAACAUUACUAGGUCUGUCUUCAAUUUUGUCUAUAUUUCACUUAAGAUUAUUAUUAUUAUGUUCAUUUUAACAUCACACAGACGAUGUUGUAGGGUAUACUCACGCAUUUUUCAUUUUCAAUGGUAUGCUUUUCUUUAUAACUUUCAAUGCUCCUCCCUAGCCCUUCUGUAUUGUCUUUUUUAUUUAUUGCUUAUUUACGAUGUAGAUUUUCUAUUUAAAUUAUCCAAGACUCUCUUUUCCACGCUUUUGAGUCCACAUUUUAUUGUGAAUAUUGAUCAUGCGUGCCUUCAUUAUGAGUAA